AUGCUGAAGAGUUUCUUGGCCACCAAUUCUCUUCUGAUGAAGAGAGUUUCAUCAUCAUCAGCAACAACAACAUUAGCAGCAUCGUUCACCAAUACUCAUCAUAUUUCACCCUUUCUUUCAAUGUGUUCUUCACUGACACAACAACAAGUGAGAGAAAGAAAAAAGCAAACAGUCAGAAGAAAGCUGCCAUCCGACAAGGAAGUCUUUGAUAAAUUCCUUGAAGGUCCAAAAGAAAAGUACUUGCACCCUCCAAAAAAAGUCAAAGAUACAUCUAGGAAUGCUCUCCGUCCCGCUACUUUCGAAAUUCUCAUCAUUAAAGAUAACAAACUCACAUUUGCCGGAGAAGUGGUGAGAAUGAAAUCAAGCAAAGCAUGGAGAUAUUUAGCAUCAAACCCACCAAAGGCCGUCAUGAACACGCCUGAAAAUAGAGAAAAGUAUAAACAUUUACUCGCAAAUCCAGAAGAGCUCGCUCAAAAACGAGAGACCUUUAAUAGAAGAUAUAUUUUACAACGUUGUGUCAUCAAAAUGUGGAGAAAGACUGAAGGAGGAAAUAUGAAAUAUUAUUGGCCAAUUACAAAACGUGAUGUUGCCAACUAUGUUUGGUGUGUUCAUCAUUUGGCUCUCAGAGACGAAGACAUUACUUUCCCUGGAGAACAAAAGAACAAUCCAAGCUCAUAUCAUCCUAUUAACAAGCCUGGCUAUUAUUGUUUACAUGCUGAUUUGCAUGACGGAAAAGCUCCAGUACUUUUGAGAUUGUACUUACCAUUAAACGACAAGGCCAAGACACACCGUGGAAAUUCUUUAAUUGGAUACAAGUAA